AACAGGGACCUCCGAUACCAGAACGAUCAAAAUGGGGCGAAUAAAUUUUGAUGAGCUCGAACGAAGGCUAAAAAGGUCUCAUUGAUUGGCUAAAUCCAAGAGGAGCUCGAUCCACCUUCGUCUCUCGCAGCACCUUUCUAGGGUUUCUUCGGUUAAUUUCAUGGCGCUUCGUCGUCUGCUCCGAAAGAAUUUGUUCGAGCAAGUCUCGGGCGUUCGAUCUCUCUCGACUGUAGCGGGCGAGCCAAUUCGAGCUACGCUCUUUCCUGGUGAUGGAAUUGGCCCCGAGAUCGCAGAAUCAGUUAAGAAGGUGUUCAAUGCAGCUGAAGUGCCUAUUGACUGGGAUGAACAUUUUGUUGGGGACCAAGUGGACCCAAGAACACAGAGCUUUAUCACAUGGGAAAGUCUGGAAUCAGUUCGUAAAAAUGGUGUGGGCCUUAAGGGACCAAUGGCUACGCCCAUUGGAAAGGGCCACAGAUCUUUGAACCUUACUUUACGCAAAGAGUUGGGUCUGUAUGCCAACGUGAGGCCCUGUUAUAGUCUUCCUGGAUACAAAACCCGAUAUGAUGAUGUCAAUCUGGUAACAAUUCGUGAGAACACUGAAGGGGAGUACAGCGGCCUUGAACACCAGGUGGUGAGAGGUGUUGUGGAAAGUCUUAAGAUCAUUACUCGUCAAGCCAGCAUCAGGGUUGCAGAAUAUGCGUUUCACUAUGCCAAGACUAAUGGCCGACAAAGGGUGUCAGCUAUUCACAAAGCAAACAUCAUGAGAAAGACUGAUGGUCUUUUCCUCAAGUGUUGCCGUGAGGUAGCUGAGAAGUACCCUGAGAUUACUUAUGAGGAAGUAAUCAUCGACAACUGUUGCAUGAUGCUCGUGAAAAAUCCUUCUCUCUUUGAUGUAUUAGUGAUGCCAAAUCUAUAUGGAGAUAUAAUUAGUGACUUGUGUGCUGGCUUGAUUGGUGGUUUGGGCUUGACUCCUAGCUGCAAUAUUGGUGAGGGAGGCAUUUGUCUGGCUGAGGCUGUACAUGGGUCAGCUCCUGAUAUUGCUGGAAAGAAUCUCGCAAAUCCUACAGCCCUCCUCCUGAGCUCUGUCAUGAUGCUUCGUCACCUGCAGCUAACUGAUAAAGCUGAUAGGAUCCAAAAUGCGAUACUCAAGACCAUUGCUGAAGGAAAAUACAGAACAGGUGAUCUUGGUGGCACUGCAUCCACUACUGAUUUUACAAAAGCAUUAUGCGAUAACCUUUGAAUUUUUUGAGUGAAUCGACUUAUAGCGGAAUCAUUCUACUUCUCGCUCAUUGAGUUGUGAGUUAGCGAAUAAAGGGACCUGGAAAUUUCUCAAUUCUUAUUGUUUUUCAUCUUAUAUUGUUAUGGUCGGCAACAUCUCGAGCGGGAAGUUGUAAAUUUUUUGUUUUCUUGGUUUAUUUUCCCUAUUUUGUGCUUUGACCGGGGAUUGCUUGUUAGUUAUUGCUUGGUUGGCACUGUUAACAUCGAAACCAAAGAGGCCAGGGUAAAUAAAAAAAUUAUCUUUUUCAA